AUGGAUACUUACACUGGCACUAUUAAACCUGAGCUGAGGAUUCAAGAACUCACUGCGGAAAAAGUCAAAUUUAUACUUACAAAUGUGGAUCUGAGCAUGGCAAAUGCUCUGAGACGCAUAAUGCUUUCUGAAAUAGCUACUAUAGCUAUUGAUAUGGUGGAAUUUGAACUAAACACCUCUGUGUUAGCUGACGAAUUCAUUGCACAUCGUUUGGGUUUAAUACCAUUAGACAGCACUGAGGCAGAAAAAAUCAAAUAUUCCAGGGCAAAAGAAGAUAUCACCAAAGAUGUUACUAGUCGAGAUCUAGUCAGCAGUGAUCCACGUUUUACGCCCAUUCAAGAAGGACCGAAGGAUCCUGGCAUUCUGAUUGCUAAACUUCGCAAAGGUCAAGAAAUUAAAGUGAAAUGCAUUGCCAAAAAGGGUGUUGCAAAAGAGCAUGCUAAAUGGAGUCCUUGCGCUGCUGUUGCUUUUGAAUAUGAUCCAUUUAAUAAACUUAGGCAUACAAAAUAUUGGAUCGAAGAAGACGAACAGAGAGAAUGGCCGGCAAGCAGAAAUGCAGCAGAAGAUUUUGCGCCAGGAGACGGUGAAGCAUUCGAUUUCAAUGCCAAACCGAAUAGAUUUUAUUUUGAAGUCGAAACCAUCGGAUCUAUGAAACCCGAAGAUAUUGUUAUGAACGCUUUUAAAAAGUUGUUAGAAAAAAUUUCAUCAAUUCAGAUGG